GCGGGCGGGAGGGCGAGCGGGCGAGCGGACGGCAAGGGCCGGGCUGCCGGCCUGCGGCCGAGCGAGCGCAGCGGAGGCGCUGGCGCUGGGCAUUUCUGUGACUCCUUUCUCCUCCCGAGCGAGGAAGGAAGGAAGGAGAGAAGGAAGGAAGGAAGCGAAGAAGGAGGGGACUGUCUCCAUGGAAGGUUCAGGCGGAGGCGCCCUCGCCUUGCGGGUGCACCGGCCGCAGAGCGGCUCCAGCCGCCGCCGGCUGGCCCCCGGCGCUUGGAGACGGAUUGGUGAAUUCACCUGAGAAAUUGAGAUUCAAGAUUAUGAGAAGUUGUGACUAGGACCAGAAGCAGGUAUCCAGGUGAAGUCUGUGAGUUUUGUCAAAGCCAACGAUAAUCAGACCUACUUGAAAGAUUAAGUGAAUUGAUUUCAUUGGAACAUUCUCUCAACAGCCAGCCAGUAGUGUUGAGCAUCAACCUCAAAGCCCUACUCCUGUUAGACAAGCACCCUGUCACUCAGUGACAUUCCAGCCCCAAAGGAUUUUUAUUAGGACUGUCUCCAGCAAAUUCCAUUUCUUUAAGUGAUACAUGAGAAGGAAUGAACAUGAAAUUCCAAAUGACAUCUGUCAACGUGGAACCACUGAAAUUGUGUCAACUGAUGCCGUUUGAGGACCUGGACAUUUUGACUAACUGCUUUGCCUACCAUAUUGUUGUGAUCUCCUAGAGCGGAUAAGUGAUGAUUUACAUAGGUGUCAAAAACACCAGCAUUACACCAGAAAGCCCGUGUUGGGCAUUGAUCACUAAUGUUGACUAAACCCCAACUGGGAAUUCAAAGCGCACACACUCUAAUGUUUACAUUUCCUUGAGAGGCAAGAUUGCUUUAAAUCACAUACGACUGAUUAAUCAAAAUGACACUUUGUUUCCAGACUCUUCAUUGUUUAAAUUUUAAAUAGCACUUAGGAUCAUUAGUGCUUGUAUGUUAACCGAUUAGGCAGAUUUGAGACUUGAUCAGAUGGACUCAAAUCUGGUUAAAGUACAUGUGUCUAAAUCUGAUUUUUUUUAACCCUUUGGAUGCUCAACAGAAUCUUCAUCCAACACUAUAGUAGACUGCAGAAGGUUGGGGUGUGGGGUCUGCCAGCCUAAGUUAUCUGUGUCCAAGAAUAUGUCAAAUAUAUUUUCCAUGCCUCCUGCUGAGACUUGACAGUAGCUGGAAACUUGACCAUGUCUCAAAGAUAAUAUAAUUUGUCCAUAUUACUUCAUACUGUUCAUACACAAUUUCUUAGAGAAGGAAAAAUAACGUGUUUCUAUUGAAUUCUAUUGUUUACACGCACUUUCUCUGUUGCAAUUGUAAAACCUUCUAGAAUCAAUAUGCUAUAGUUAAAGAUUCAGAAAGAGGAAAAUACUUGGGUGGUUUCCUUUUUUCUUUUUUCUUUUCUUUUUUUUUUUUUUUUGUAGACCUGAAACUAAUUAGUUUUUCUAGUUGUGCUGUCCAAACAUGAUUAUAAAGUACAAAUAGAUUCAAUUUUGGAAAUGUUUCCUAACAGUGCUUACUAUGCUUCUUGCAAUAUCCCCCCUUUCUGAGAUGUGUGUUCAUAUUUUUUUUAAUGUGGCUGAGAGAAGAAAAGAACAAGUACUUCAUGGUGGCAGUGAUGCUAGUGACCAAAAAUUUGCCUAGAAAAAAAGCAAGCAAACAAACUAGAUACUUCCUUCAGAGAGGACACAAGUUUAUAUGUUAGCUUUCUAAACCAAAGAGGGCCACUAAGUAGGCUCGAAAAUGUCAUGUCUAGAUUGAAGUAAAAAUAAAAUUCUUGGGCUAGCGAGAGAUCAGCGGGGCAGGUCCAAAGCACCUUGCACUUUCAUGCUCAUGUCCGAGGGUUUAGAAGGCUCCUCUUUGGAUACCAAACAAGAAAGGUUUUUGUGCAUGUUUUGGAUACCCACUCAUGAGUGAAUUCAUACCCAUUCCUUAGUUCAUCUACUCUUUCACAUUUAUAUAUUUAUCUACUAGUGAAAAAUAUGCACCAAUUUUCUACUAUACUUAUCAUUGUAAUAUGCUCUGUGGUGUGUUCAAAUGCUCUCUCUCUCUCUCUCUCUCUCUCUCUCUCUCUCUCUCUCUCUCUCUCUCUGUGUGUGUGUGUGUGUGUGUGUGUGUGUAAAAUGCUUAUGCAUGAGUGUGCCCUUCGAAGUCUAGAGCAAGACUUUAAGUGUCUUCCCAUGUCAUUUUCUGCCUUAUUUUGUUUAGACAAGAUCUCUCACUGAACCAGAAGCUUCAUAUUUAGGCUAGACUGGAUUUCCAGAAAAUUCUCCAGAUCUGCCCUCUCUGCCUCCUAAUGCUGGGGUUUACAGACAUCUGCAGCCAAGCCUGGCUUUUUACUUAGGGAUUCACCGUUCAAAGUCACAUCCUUCUGUUUAUAAAGCCAGCACUCUUAAGCACUGAGCCAUCUCCCCAAUGUCACAAAUGACUUUGUGAUUUUCAGUCAGUUUGCUUCAUAAGUGGUUGAGCUUACAGUACAUGGUUAAUUUAAUUAAGCAAAGAGUUUAUAUUUCAGAGGAUUAAUAAUGGUUCGUGUUUCUAAAACCUCCAACAUUUCUGAAAUCAGGACAGCUCAGUUUUCACACUUAGGACAUAAAGGGAAUUGCUUCUGCUAUAAAGAAAUUGUGUGUGUGUGAGUGUGUGUGUGCUUGUGUGUGUGUUGUAUAAUUAUUAAUGUCUCAAAUCUCUUUAUAAUAAAGAUACUGGCUUUGAGUUCUUUAUCUAGAGAUUUUUAUUGAAACAUAGAUGGUAAACUGUUGGAUAUAUUAGCAUUUACCAGCUCAGAUAAAACUGACAUAUUCUGAAGUAAAAACAAACCUUUGAAAAUGGCUCUUGGAAGAGAGUUCUCUGGGAUCUGAGGAGAUAUCGCCCUCAAUAUACCUCAAUAUACCUCAGUAUACCUUGCAAGUAUGAGGACUGAGAGCAGUCCCCAGAUCCCUCAUGACAAAGCUGAAUGCAGACAUAGGAAGAUGGUUCAGAGCGUACAAGCACUUUCUGCUUCACCUGAUGACCUCAGUCCAGAACCCAAGUAGAAGCCAGACAUCAUGGUGCAAGGGUUUGUAAUCUCAGCUUGUCUCAGGAGAUGGAGGCAGAGACAAGAGUGCCCCUAGAAGUUCUUGACCCUCUGUUCUAGAGCCCGAAUCCUCUGUUCUAGAGCCUGCAUCCCUUGGUCUAGAGCCUGCACCUCUUGUUUUCCUUAUCUGCUUCACUGUAACGUGUCUACCAGCCAUCCAUGCCUUCUUUCCCUGCCUACCUCAGUACUUUCGACAUGUGGCAUUGCCUAACUAGCUCGGUGUUUUCCUAAUGAGCUUUGAAGUCUCCACUGCUUUGCUGCGUCUUUUUAUGCUCCCUCGGAAUACUGCACAGAAAGCUUCUUGAAGUAUUCUGAUGUCCUGUGUAGCCCAGAUUGACUUAGAAUUUGCUUAUCUUCUGCCCUCAGCUUCCUGAGUUCUGGGAUUGCAGGAAGCGUCAGGACAAUCAUGCCCAUGAGAACUCUCAACUGUUCAGGCCGUUGUACUUCAGUGAGACUGGCUGUUGAACUUUGCUGUAGUUGAUGAGCAGAAUUUCUGGGCUCUUCAUCAUCCCAGCCCCAUCCUAGUUGAAAAAGAUUCAAAUGCCCUAACUUUGCACUUUGCUUUUGAAGAAGGACAUUUCUAGGAUGGAGAGAACUGUGUUAUAGUUUGGUUCCAGGACACUGGCAUCCAAUGCCCACUGACUCCAGUGUGAGCGCGGAAGGUUCCAGAGAGAGGGAUCAGUCCGCGAGUUCACAACCAGGAACCCAGAAACAACCUGGCUUUAAAAAGCACAGCAUUGGAGACACUCCAUGAGUCUGCUUGGCUUCCGGGCAAAGUAGCAUUUAAGACCUUGUGUUAAAAUGGACACCGGGGACACAGCUCUAGGACAAAAAGCUACCUCAAGGUCUGGAGAAACUGACAGCGUGUCUGGUAGAUGGAGGCAGGAACAAUCAGCUGUUCUUAAGAUGAGCACUUUCAGCAGUCAGGAAGGGCCAAGACAACCACAGAUAGAUCCUGAGCAGAUCGGAAAUGCAGCUUCGGCGCAGCUGUUUGGUUCUGGGAAGCUGGCCUCGCCUGGCGAGGGCCUACAUCAAGUCACAGAGAAGCAAUACCCACCUCACCGUCCGAGUCCCUACCCAUGCCAACACUCGCUCUCUUUCCCUCAGCAUUCACUAUCCCAGGGCAUGACGCACAGCCACAAGCCACACCAGAGCCUAGAGGGCCCUCCCUGGCUUUUCCCUGGCCCUUUGCCAUCUGUCGCCUCUGAGGACCUAUUUCCUUUUCCAAUGCACGGCCACAGCGGUGGUUAUCCUAGAAAAAAGAUCUCAAAUCUCAACCCUGCUUACAGCCAAUACUCCCAGAAAAGUAUCGAACAGGCAGAAGAUGCUCACAAGAAAGAGCACAAACCCAAAAAGCCAGGCAAGUAUAUCUGCCCGUACUGCAGCAGGGCAUGUGCGAAACCCAGCGUCUUAAAGAAACACAUCAGGUCCCAUACUGGUGAGCGGCCGUAUCCAUGUAUACCUUGUGGCUUCUCUUUCAAGACAAAGAGUAAUUUGUACAAGCACAGGAAGUCUCAUGCCCAUGCAAUUAAGGCAGGCUUGGUACCCUUCACUGAGUCGUCUGUAUCCAAAUUGGACCUCGAGGCUGGUUUUAUCGAUGUAGAAGCAGAGAUCCACUCAGACGGUGAGCAGAGCACAGACACGGAUGAGGAGAGCUCUUUAUUUGCUGAGGCUUCUGACAAAGUGAGCCCUGGCCCUCCCGUCCCUUUGGACAUUGCUAGCAGAGGUGGCUACCAUGGGUCCUUGGAAGAAUCUUUGGGAGGUCCCAUGAAGGUGCCAAUUUUGAUUAUUCCCAAAAGUGGGAUCCCACUAGCCAGUGAGGGCUCUCAGUAUCUGAGCUCUGAAAUGCUCCCCAAUCCGUCUCUGAAUGCUAAGGCGGAUGACUCUCACACGGUGAAACAGAAACUUGCGCUGAGACUGUCAGAGAAGAAAGGACAAGACUCUGAGCCAUCCCUUAACCUCCUGAGCCCGCACAGCAAGGGGAGUACGGACUCUGGUUACUUUUCUCGCUCAGAAAGUGCGGAGCAGCAGAUCAGCCCACCCAACACAAACGCCAAGUCUUAUGAAGAAAUCAUUUUUGGAAAAUACUGUCGACUUAGUCCAAGGAAUACACUUAGUGUUACUCCCACCGGUCAGGAGCGCACCGCCAUGGGGCGCAGGGGCAUCAUGGAACCAUUACCUCAUUUAAACACCCGGUUGGAGGUCAAGAUGUUUGAAGAUCCUAUCUCUCAACUGAAUCCCAGCAAAGGAGAAAUGGACCCCGGUCAAAUCAACAUGUUGAAGACCACGAAAUUCAACAGUGAGUGUCGGCAACCACAAGCCAUCCCGUCCUCUGUUAGGAAUGAAGGAAAACCUUACCCAGGCAACUUCCUAGGCAGCAAUCCAAUGCUCUUAGAAGCUCCUGUGGACUCUUCACCCCUUAUUAGAAGCAACUCGAUGCCAACGUCUUCAGCAACAAAUUUAAGUGUCCCUCCUUCUUUGAGAGGAAGCCACUCGUUUGAUGAAAGGAUGACAGGGUCUGAUGAUGUGUUCUAUCCCGGCACUGUGGGCAUACCUCCCCAGCGCAUGCUCAGACGGCAAGCAGCCUUCGAGCUGCCGUCGGUCCAGGAGGGCCACAUGGAGUCUGAGCACCCUGCACGGGUAUCCAAGGGCCUUGCCAGUCCAUCCCUGAAGGAAAAGAAAUUACUUCCCGGAGACAGGCCCGGCUAUGACUACGAUGUCUGCCGUAAACCAUACAAGAAAUGGGAAGACUCUGAAACACUGAAACAGAGCUACCUGGGUUCCUUCAAGCAAGGAGGGGAAUAUUUUAUGGACCCCUCGGUGCCAGUGCAGGGAGUGCCAACCAUGUUCGGGACUACCUGUGAGAACAGAAAACGCAGGAAAGAGAAGAGCGUGGGAGAUGAAGAGGAUGUUCCCAUGAUCUGUGGUGGCAUGGGAAAUGCUCCCGUGGGCAUGAUGUCCUCAGAGUACGACCCCAAGCUGCAGGACGGAGGAAGGAGUGGCUUUGCCAUGACUGCACACGAGAGCCUUGCUCAUGGUCACUCCGACCGUCUAGACCCAGCUCGACCCCAGCUGCCAUCUAGAAGUCCAUCCCUUGGGUCUGAGGAUUUGCCCUUGGCUGCUGAUCCAGACAAGAUGACAGACCUGGGCAAGAAGCCUCCAGGAAAUGUGAUUUCAGUGAUCCAGCACACAAACUCGCUGAGCCGGCCCAAUUCCUUUGAAAGAUCUGAGUCAACAGAAAUGGUGGCCUGCCCACAGGACAAGACCCCUUCACCUGCUGAGACAUGUGACAGUGAGGUUUUGGAAGCCCCUGUAAGCCCAGAGUGGGCUCCUCCAGGGGAUGGUGGAGAAAGCGGAAGCAAGCCAACCCCUUCACAGCAGGUACCACAGCACUCCUACCAUGCACAGCCAAGGCUUGUUCGCCAGCACAAUAUCCAGGUUCCUGAAAUCAGAGUCACAGAGGAACCUGACAAGCCCGAGAAGGAGAAGGAAGCUCCUACCAAGGAGCCUGAGAAGCCAGUGGAGGAAUUCCAGUGGCCUCAGAGAAGCGAAACUCUUUCCCAACUCCCUGCUGAGAAGUUGCCUCCCAAAAAGAAACGCUUGAGGCUUGCAGAUUUGGAACACUCCUCAGGGGAAUCCAGCUUUGAGUCCACAGGCACCGGCCUCUCUAGGAGUCCCAGCCAAGAAAGCAACUUAUCCCACAGUUCCAGUUUCUCCAUGUCCUUUGAUAGAGAAGAAACGGUUAAGCUCACUGCACCUCCUAAGCAGGAUGAGAGCGGGAAGCAUUCUGAGUUUCUGACUGUCCCUGCGGGUUCAUACUCAUUGUCUGUUCCGGGUCAUCACCACCAGAAAGAAAUGCGGCGUUGCUCCUCCGAGCAGAUGCCCUGUCCUCACCCGACGGAAGUCCCAGAAAUACGGAGUAAAUCGUUUGAUUAUGGGAACCUGUCCCACGCUCCAGUGGCUGGAACAUCCCCAUCAACACUAUCACCGUCCCGGGAGAGGAAGAAAUGCUUUUUGGUGCGUCAGGCUUCCUUCAGUGGCUCCCCAGAAAUUGCCCAAGGUGAAGCCGGCGUGGACCCCAGCGUCAAGCAGGAGCACAUGGAGCACUUGCACGCUGGCCUCAGGGCUGCGUGGUCCUCUGUGCUUCCACCUCUGCCAGGGGAUGACCCAGGAAAGCAGGUCGGUACUUGUGGCCCACUGAGCUCAGGGCCACCACUCCACCUUACCCAGCAGCAGAUCAUGCACAUGGACAGUCAGGAAUCUCUGAGAAAUCCGUUGAUUCAACCAACAUCCUACAUGACGAGCAAGCACUUACCCGAACAGCCACAUCUGUUUCCACAUCAAGAUGCGGUCCCAUUUUCUCCUAUCCAGAAUGCCUUGUUUCAGUUUCAGUACCCGACUGUGUGUAUGGUUCAUCUGCCAGCUCAGCAGCCUCCCUGGUGGCAGACACAUUUCCCCCAUCCCUUCGCUCCACACCCUCAGAACAGCUACAGUAAGCCUCCCUUCCAAGCUGACCUUCAUUCUAGCUACCCCUUAGAGCAUGUAGCAGAACACACUGGAAAGAAAUCUGCUGACUAUCCCCAUGCGAAAGAGCAGACUUACCCGUGUUAUUCCGGAACAUCAGGGCUACACUCCAAGAACCUCCCUCUGAAGUUUCCAUCAGACCCGGGCAGUAAGUCCACUGAAACGCCCACGGAGCAGCUCCUUCGAGAAGAUUUCGCCUCAGAAAAUGCUGGGCCUUUGCAGUCCCUACCGGGAACAGUGGUUCCUGUUCGGAUCCAGACCCACGUUCCAUCCUACGGAAGUGUCAUGUACACAAGCAUUUCUCAGAUACUUGGACAGAACAGCCCCGCCAUCGUCAUAUGCAAGGUCGAUGAGAAUAUGACCCAAAGAACACUGGUAACCAAUGCAGCCAUGCAAGGGAUAGGAUUAAACAUAGCUCAAGUGCUUGGGCAGCACACGGGCUUGGAAAAAUACCCUCUUUGGAAAGUACCUCAGACCUUACCCCUGGGCUUAGAGUCCUCUAUCCCCUUGUGUUUACCGUCCACCUCAGACAACGCAGCCUCUCUCGGAGGAAGCAAGCGGAUGCUCUCUCCAGCCAGCAGUUUGGAGCUCUUCAUGGAAACCAAGCAACAGAAACGGGUGAAAGAGGAGAAGAUGUACGGGCAGAUUGUGGAAGAACUCAGUGCCGUGGAGCUAACCAACUCAGACAUCAAGAAGGGCCUUUCCCGGCCCCAGAAGCCCCAGCUCGUGAGGCAGGGGUGUGCUUCGGAGCCAAAGGAUGGCUGCUUCCAGUCAAGGUCUUCUUCCUUCUCCUCCCUGUCACCCUCCUCUUCUCAAGACCAUCCGUCUGCCAGCGGGCCCUUCCCUCCCAACAGGGAGAUUCUUCCAGGGUCCAGGGCUCCGCCGCGACGGAAGUUCAGCGGGCCCUCAGAAAGCAGAGAGUCCUCCGAUGAGCUGGACAUGGAUGAGACGUCGUCAGACAUGAGCAUGAGCCCUCAGAGCUCUGCACUGCCCACCGGAGGCGGUCAGCAGGAAGAGGAAGGGAAAGCCCGCAAGCUGCCCGUCAGCAUGCUGGUCCACAUGGCCUCUGGUCCUGGAGGAAAUGUGGCAAAUUCCACUCUUCUUUUCACAGACGUGGCCGAUUUCCAGCAGAUACUUCAGUUCCCCAGUCUGCGGACAACUACUACUGUGAGUUGGUGCUUCUUAAAUUAUACAAAACCCAGUUUUGUGCAACAGGCCACCUUCAAAUCCUCCGUUUAUGCUUCAUGGUGCAUUAGUUCCUGUAACCCAAACCCAUCAGGAUUGAACACCAAGACCACGCUGGCCCUUCUGAGAUCCAAACAAAAAAUUACUGCAGAAAUUUAUACUCUGGCUGCUAUGCACAGGCCCGGAGCUGGUAAGCUCACUUCAUCCAGCGUCUGGAAGCAGUUUGCACAGAUGAAGCCUGAUGCGCCCUUCUUGUUUGGCAACAAACUAGAAAGGAAAUUAGCAGGAAAUGUCCUAAAGGAAAGAGGGAAAGGAGAGAUUCACGGAGAUAAAGAUCUUGGAUCCAAACAAACUGAGCCAAUCCGAAUUAAGAUCUUUGAAGGGGGGUACAAAUCCAAUGAAGAUUAUGUGUAUGUCAGAGGACGUGGACGGGGAAAGUAUAUUUGUGAAGAGUGUGGAAUUCGCUGUAAGAAGCCAAGUAUGCUCAAAAAACACAUACGCACUCAUACUGAUGUUCGGCCUUAUGUAUGCAAGUUAUGUAAUUUUGCCUUCAAAACGAAAGGAAACCUAACAAAACACAUGAAAUCUAAGGCCCACAUGAAAAAGUGUCUGGAGCUGGGCGUGUCGAUGACAUCAGUAGAUGACACAGAAACAGAAGAAGCAGAAAAUAUGGAAGAGUUGCACAAAACAUCUGAGAAGCACAGCAUGUCCGGCAUCUCCACUGAUCACCAGUUCUCCGAUGCGGAGGAAUCGGAUGGGGAAGAUGGAGAUGACAACGAUGAUGAUGAUGAAGAUGACGAUGACUUUGAUGACCAAGGAGAUUUGACACCCAAAACAAGGUCAAGAAGCACCAGUCCUCAGCCUCCUAGGUUCUCCUCCUUGCCUGUCAAUGUUGGCGCUGUAGCCCAUGGCGUCCCUUCAGAUAGCUCUCUGGGACAUUCGUCAUUGAUCAGCUAUUUGGUCACUCUACCGAGUAUUCAGGUUACUCAGCUCAUGACACCCAGUGACUCUUGUGAUGACACUCAGAUGACAGAAUAUCAGAGGCUGUUCCAGAGCAAAAGCACAGACUCUGAACCGGACAAAGACAGGUUAGACAUCCCAAGCUCCAUGGACGAAGAGGCCAUGUUGUCUUCAGAGCCAAGCUCCUCCCCAAGGGACUUCUCCCCCUCAAGCUACCGUUCCUCCCCAGGCUAUGAUUCUUCACCCUGUCGAGAUAAUUCGCCAAAGAGGUAUCUGAUACCCAAAGGAGAUUUGUCACCCAGAAGACAUUUAUCACCUAGACGAGACCUGUCGCCGAUGAGGCAUCUGUCACCAAGAAAAGAAGCUGCAUUGAGGAGAGAGAUGUCCCAAGGGGAUGCCUCACCAAGAAGGCACUUGUCCCCAAGGAGACCAUUGUCUCCUGGAAAGGACAUUACAGCAAGAAGAGAUCUCUCUCCCAGAAGAGAGAGAAGAUAUAUGACCACCAUCAGAGCACCGUCUCCCAGAAGGGCUUUAUAUCCUAACCCUCCAUUAUCCAUGGGACAGUAUCUACAAACAGAGCCAAUUGUAUUGGGGCCUCCUAAUCUAAGAAGAGGAAUACCUCAGGUUCCUUACUUCAGUCUCUAUGGAGACCAAGAAGGUGCUUAUGAACAUCACGGCUCCAGCCUUUUCCCUGAGGGUCCUACUGACUAUGUCUUCAGUCAUCUUCCACUACACUCUCAGCAGCAAGUACGAGCUCCUAUACCCAUGGUGCCAGUUGGUGGGAUCCAAAUGGUUCACUCCUUGCCGCCUGCCCUUUCCGGUUUACAUCCUCCACCCACAUUGCCUCUGCCCACAGAGGGCUCUGAGGAGAAGAAAGGAGCACCAGGGGAGGCCUUUGCCAAGGAUCCCUACAUCCUUUCCAGGCGGCAUGAGAAACAAGCCCCUCAAGUUUUGCAGUCAUCUGGUCUACCUAGUUCUCCCUCCUCCCCACGGCUAUUGAUGAAACAGAGUACUUCAGAAGACAGCCUAAAUUCCACGGAGAGAGAACAGGAGGAAAACAUACAGACUUGUACAAAAGCCAUUGCCUCACUCCGGAUUGCAACAGAAGAGGCAGCUCUGCUUGGGGCUGACCCUCCCACAUGGGUACAAGAGUCCCCCCAGAAACCCUUGGAAAGUGCACACGUCAGCAUUAGACACUUUGGCGGGCCUGAGCCAGGUCAGCCCUGUACCUCAGCCGCCCACCCUGACUUACAUGAUGGUGAAAAGGACACUUUUGGUACAUCACAGACUGCAGUAGCUCACCCCACGUUUUACAGCAAGAGCAGUGUGGAUGAGAAGCGGGUGGACUUUCAGAGCAGCAAGGAAUUAUCUUUAAGCACAGAGGAAGGCAAUGAACCUUCACCAGAAAAGAAUCAACUCCAUUGAUCUGCAAUGCAUGGACACAUUCAUUUCCACAUUUCCCCCUCCCCUGUUUUGUUUUUGUUUUUCUAGGAAUAGAAGUAAACAAGUUGAUAGCAUGCCUGUCCUAAGUUACAGUAGUUGGCUAUUAUAAAUACUUUUGUUAUUUUGAAAACAAUUAGGUAAAUUAACAAGUCAUCUUGAGCCUGACCAAAACAAAAUUUGAAAUUAACCUAUUGGGUCUGGUACUUUGAAAAUUGUACAGAUGUUUGUGCCUUUUCUUUACUUUGCUUAUAUUCUUAUAAGCAUUUUUUAGCAGUAAUUUGUACAUAUUUUAGAAUUUGUGUAUCUGCUUUGUAAUAAAUGUAAUCUCUUUCCUCUUUUGGACACUUGGAUCUAAACGAUGUAAAGCAAAGCAGCAUCUAUAUAUAUGUGAGGUUGCACUAAAACAUAUUUUUAUAUGAUAAAAACUGAACAGCUUUUAUGUACAGCUCUGAUUCUGUAAUACUAAUAUUUAUUUUAUUUCAUAAACUGUACAUUUUUCUUAAUGUUGUGGAUUGCUUUUCUAUGUGACGCAUGGAUUUAACUGUUGCGAAACUAGAACGGAAAUGUCCAUUGUAAGCAAGAUAUUUAAACUAGAAUAUCUUAUUCUGCACUUAUGCAUUAGUUACAAAAAAAAGAUAAAGAACGUAUCAGUCGGUUCUUAACUUGUAAAUUCUUUUUGUCUCUUGUUUGCUGGAUUGACAAUAACUUAAGUGCUGGUUGUGAUUUUAAAUGGAUAGUACCGUAAAGCAUUAAAGUAAACAAUGUGCUAUUGUGAGUUUUUUCAAAGCUUUAUAAAUCAGUUAUAAAUAAUAUUAAAAGUAUUUGGUCUUAUGUGAACAUGUUGAUCUAUAUACUCAUCUAAAAAUAUGGGAAAAACAUUCCGCCCCAUGUAAAUAUGUACAAGUGCAUCACUGGUACAAUUUUCUGUUACUCGGUUGGACACGAGGUUGCCACAGACCUAUGCUAGAGUGUCUUUAAAAUUAAAGUGAGAAAGCACAUGGACUGUGUAGAGCUUGGUUAUCGGCCGGCCCGGUGGCUUGGUAGGCAGUGCUGUGCACUGCCCAUGGAGAAGACCUGGGCUUAAAAAAAUCUUGGUUCUUGCUGCACAGGAUAGUGACUGGAACUAUGGCUGCAGGGAGGGUUCGCACUUGGACUCGAGGGUUGGGUGUGGAAGUGGGGAAAGGGGAUGGAGACCUGCUCCCCAGCUCUUCCCAUCAGCCAGUCCACAUGGUUACAGGGUUACCAUCAGCAUUAGGAAAUGUCACCUUACCCUUCUGUACAGGGAAAGAGUGUCACUCCUGGCUGUCUCAGGGGGAAUGAAGAAGAGAAGCCUUCAAGAGAAAGCAGCUCUUGGUAGGAGGAAGUUUUUUUUGUAUAUAACCUUCAGAAUGGCUUUUGAUCAGUGUUGAAGGUGGGAAGAGCCUUUGCAGGUCCAGAAGAGCGGAGCAGAGGGGUACAGCAACAUGUGCACACGCAUGCACAUGUUUGUGCAUGCGCACACACAAUCUGGGUUAUCUUUGUGCUAUAUAGUGGAUUAUAAUUCUGUGAAACCAAGUUUGUAUAUUGAAUUACAUUAAGGAGUGUUCUUUAAAAAGAGAAAUAAAUAUACAAUUAAA